AUGACAGCCCAGGAGAUGCACCAGAGUGGCAUCUACAGCUUCUUCCUCAACAUGUUUGCCUACCAGAGUCAGACUGAGGCUCCUGUGGUGGAUGACUGGUUCCGGCGCGCGGAGGACACAUGGGAUGCCGCCCAUGUCCACCUUCAGCACGCAGUGCUGCUCCAGAAAGUUGGCGCAGACCGUCACCGCAGUGAGGCCCCGGUGUUCGCCCCGGGGGACCGUAUAUGUUGCUGCUGUGGCCCGGCCCCAUGCUCACUGUGCUGCUCCUUCUGCCCCCCGGUGAAGUCAUCGUCCAGCACGAGGAUCAUGUACACACUCUUCCACAUCAUGGCCUGCGCCGUCUCCUGUCUCAUGCUCUCACGCACUGUCUCCGAGGCUGUCCGGGACAAUGCCCAUGGCGGAGGGCACUGUGAGAUGCUGGUUGGCUACUCAGCGGUCUACAGGGUCUGCUUUGGCACCGCCUGCUUCUACCUGAUGAUGGCGCUGUUCCUCAUCGAUGUCAAGUCCAGCCAGGACUUCAGAGCGCUCAUCCACAAUGGGUUCUGGUUUCUGAAGUUCAUCACCCUGCUUGGGAUGUGUACUGCUGCUUUCUUCAUCCCUACUGAGUCCUUCCUGCAUGCCUGGCACUACGUAGGCGUGGUGGGAGGAUUUGCCUUCAUCCUCAUCCAACUCAGUCUCAUCACAGCAUUUGCCCACACCUGGAACAAGAACUGGUUAACAGGGGCGGCAGAGGACAAGCGCUGGUACCUGGCGGUGAUGUGUGCCACCCUGUUCUUCUACAGCAUCGCCACCAUGGCCUUCACCUUCAUGUAUAAGUACUACACCCACCCCACAGCCUGCCAGUCCAACAAGGUCCUGCUCUGGACCAACCUGACCCUGUGUGGCAUCAUGUCCUUCAUCGCCGUCACGCCCUGUGUACAGCAGAAACAGCCUCGUUCAGGGCUCCUGCAGGCUUCCAUCAUCAGCUGCUACGUCAUGUACCUCACCUUGUCUGCCCUGUCCAGCCGGCCCCCAGAGAAAAUGGUGUACCAGGGGGUGAAUAUGACAGUAUGUUACCCCAGUGUGGGUCAGGAUGGCAUCCAGAAGGAGACCAACGCGGUGGCCAUUAUAGGAGCUGCCAUCAUGUACUGCUGUGUGCUCUUCGCAUGUAACGAAGCAUCCUACCUAGCAGAGGUUUUUGGCCCUUUCUGGAUGAUCAAAGUUUACCGCUAUGAGUUCCAGAAAGCCACAUGCUGCUUCUGCUGCCCUGACAAAGAGGAAGAGGUGGAGUUUGUGAUUGAUGAAGAUAUCAAGGGCUGCCAGAAGGUGAUUCACAACGAGAGCCAGAGAGUGGCUUACAGCUACUUCUUCUUCCACUUCGUCUUCUUCCUGGCCUCGCUCUACGUCAUGAUGACCCUAACCAACUGGUUCAGCUAUGAGUCAGCGGUGCUGGAGACCACGUUCACCCACGGCAGCUGGUCCACGUUCUGGGUGAAGAUGUCGUCGUGUUGGGCAUGCGUGGUGCUCUACCUCUGGCUGCUGCUGAGCCCACUCUGCCACUGUGGCUCCGACUCGCACCGCCCGCGACGCUCCCGCAUUAAACGCUGCUCAGCCAAUUCCUCCAGCCACGUCAGUGUCAGCGUCUGA